UAUAUAAAGCUGCAAGGACUAUCCUUCAGCGUAGUGCUGACUGACAGUCGGGUCACUGGUCCUGCUCUCAGAUCUUUUGUUAUCGGUGCGCACGAAACAUCUGAAAACGUCAAUAACUCGUGUUGCUUUUCAGAAUCUCCAGUCAUGAUCGCACGGUAUGUGCUCCCAGUUCUGGUGAUCCUCGCUGGCCUAUGGUGCAGUGAUGCAGCACCAGCUCAACGAGCCAGUUCUUUCAUUGCAUCGCUAGGUGAACUAUCAAAGCGGGCCAAAAGAGAAUCACCACCAGUCCUGCCCAUCGAGGAUGUGCCUCUAAAGAUUCGUGAAAUGCAAGUGUCAUCAUCGGUAACAGCCCGCUUUACAAAGACGGUUGUGGAGUGCACUGUAGCCAAUGAUGCCCAUCAGAGUCAGGAAGUCAACUUUUACAUGGAACUCCCCAAAGAGGCCUUCAUAUCUGGAUUUCUGAUGUAA